UAACAGGCUUGGUACCAUUGUUCAACAGAGGCUUUGCUUGAGGGCUUCAACGAAGUCGUCAAUUUGAGUGUUGAGAGAAAAGAAACUGCGGAGAAGAUGAAUCAGAGGUCAGCCGUAAGAGGGAGGCCGUCGGGAACUGAUGGCUCUGAUUUCUCCUACCGCAUGGUCGUUGAUUCAAGAUACACGAAAGUUGCAAAAGUAAAGUCUCGUUUGGCCAAAUUGAUCAUCGUUCAGGUUGUCACUCAAUUGAUGAUAGCAGCUAAUGUAUUUGUUUCAUUAUCAAAGAACGAGUCUCCCGACAGAGUUUCAGUUGUUUCCCUUGGGAUUGGUUUCGUGUCUGUUGUGGCAGGAGAACUAGGUCGAAAGAAAAGCCGAUCCAACUUUCUGAAGUUUUAUGUCUUUGGGUCGUCGAUGGCAAUCCUGCUGUCAGUGGCAUAUCUUGCUAUGAGCAAUCUCCAAUUGGAGGCUUUCCAAAAUUUCACGAGUUUGGAGACUCUAAAGAUUGCAGCUGUCCUACUAGGAUUUUUGGUACAAUUAUUUGUAAUUGGUACAACCAUUUCUCUCAUUAAAAAUAUGGCACCUCCUAAGAGGGCUUCUUGAUUAUAGUCACUCUGGUGUAACUUCAAAUGUCUUUUGACUGACUAAAGAGGAUACUUAUAUACUUUGGGAUUCAACGGUUAUGGCGUUUUUGAUUUAAGAUAACGUGAGCUGAGUAUCAGAUCCCACUGGUAUACUUUGGAUAUCAGUGUUUCUUCUCUUCAUCCAAGUCCGCGUAGAGACAUGAUUGUUGGAUUUAGAAGGACUCAUACUGGAUUGAACUCACUUCCUAUCUUUUACAUUAUGUUUCAUCAGAUGCUAAGGUUGCUGAUCGCGUACAUUCUCUUGGGACUUAAAGUACACAUUUUGGCUAAAUACUAAAUGAGAAUUUUGAGAACAUGGAUUUUGUUUGAUGAUCUUUACUUGGCUCUUGUUUGUUGAAUUCUUUUAACUUCACUUGGAAACAAAUUUUUGAA